GAUUUUUUUAAAUCUAAUUAUCUCAUUCCUUCCCCUUCCCUUCCCACACGCUCAUAAUUACGAGCCAAUUUUCAUUUUUUUUCUGAAUUCGUUCCCGCUAGCGAGUCUUUGCAAUGAGAUUAGGGUUUCCUUGGAACGAUCAGAGGCGGUGAUGCUUCGUGGACCUUUUGAUUUUUUACCUAUUAGAGUGAGAUUGGUUGAUUGAAUACCUAGGGUUUCGGUUUUGAAAUAUGUCCGGGAAUUCGAGGGACCGAAUCACCAUUACUCUUGGCCGCAGUGGCCAGGUAGUAAAGAGGGCUGGUCAAGUAUCGGAUGUUUCGUAUGCUGAUUCUCUGCCUGCAGCUGGGACUAAGCGGUCUGUCAGAGAUAGAAUAGGAAGUAAUGUACAUAGUUCCUUAUCAAAUGGAAGCGAACUCUACAACAAACGACAACGGGGAGAUAGCAGUAUGCGAAUUUUGGGUGCUAAUGGUUCAAAUGAUGUACGCAUUGGUAGAGAUGACCCCCGAUUUAAACUCAUGCAAAAGAAUGCAUCUAGAAGAGUUCAUGAUGGUGAUGAUCAGAAGUGUGUUGACCUACGUGAGAAGUUGUCAAAGACCAUUCGGCCUCCGUUAACUACUCUUGAUUCAAGGCAGCGCUUUGUGGAACCUAAAGACACAGGCUUCUUGGGGCGAAUUCCUUCUACAAGAAGUCCAGAUGAUUUGCCUCGGAUGGAUUCAAUGAGAGCUUCUUAUUCUACAUGGACUUUGGAUCAUUUAAGACGAAGAUCACCUGAUAGAGCUCUAGGUAUAGGUACCUCUAGGGGUCUCUCCCCACCUGUUUUUGAUACUUCACGACCCAUGAGUUCUACCCCUUUCAUAGCAAAACCUGCAAUACCUCCUGUACCUGCGAAGCCUGUGCCGCCUCCUCUUGGACAACUUCCUCCACCAAAUGGCAUUGGACAAAAUAUUUCAUAUGUGGGUGAUGAACAGAAAACUAUUGAUGGCUUGUUACAGUCUCUGGGUUUGGGAAAAUAUGCAAUUAUUUUCAAAGCUGAGGAAGUGGAUAUCACUGCAUUGAAGCAGAUGGGGGAAAAUGACCUCAAAGAACUUGGAAUACCUAUGGGGCCGAGAAAAAAGAUUCUUCUUGCUCUUUUGCCUCGAUCCAAACGACAACCAUGACAGUUUCACUUUUGAAGCAAAGUUAAUUGUAGUCCUCUGUUCGUUUUUGUGAUGGGGAGCAACUAUCGGGAAUAUUUACAUGACAUGAAUAGUGCGUGCAACUCAAAUUCGGUUUGAAAUUGGCCCAUGAAUCAGUUCACUUUUUUCCCA